AUGGCUCCGCAAUCCGAACCCUCGAAAUACCGCCUUAGGGUGACAGCCGGCCCCGACUAUGACCAGGCCACCCACCAGCUAGUCGCAGUCAACGACAAGACGCUGCACUUCGACAGCGAUCGAGCAGCAGUAGACGUGCAUGUCCAUAUCCAGGACUACGCAGGAUUCCCCGACAACUCGCCCUCCACUAGCCCAUAUUUCUCACAACCGCUUCAUACAAAAGAUCAAUAUUCUAUAUCGUGCUCGUUCACUCCCAAACAAAAUAUUAGCGGCAACGACUUACUCUGGGGGAAUGAUUUCGACCAGCCUAUUCGCGAUCGCCUGCCAAUGGGUUUCAAUACUGCUUUCAAGACAGCCAAGUGGGUCAUCGACCCAUCGCUAGACGGCGAUGCUUAUGCCGACAAGCCGUAUCUUUAUAGUCCUGCCCUGGCAACAUGGAACCAGUUCCGUAUUGGUGGAAAAUACGACAAGUCAACGCCGAAGUUAACGAGUGAGUAUGUUGUUGAGGAAGGGGCUGAUGGAGACGGCGUGCAGAGUCGCAGCCAGCUUCAGAUCUCUGAUGAUACGGCAAAAGCCCGGCGGAGCCAUUUUCAAAAGGAAGAGCAUCGCAAGGCUUUUGAGUUCGAGGCUGGGAGGUCGUAUAUGGCGGACUUUGGCAAUGGGUAUCUUUCUUUCAGUGAUAUGUCGAUUCAUUUGCCCGGGAUUACCAUCCCAGUAGCUGGCAUGGUUGACGAUAAGCUCAACCAACUGCGAUAUGUUCUCAAGAACACGAGAACUGGCGAGGUAUACCUUGUCGUGUUCUUUACUCUUGUCUGGAACCAGGUGGAACAGACGUCAGAGCAAGAUGUAGACUAG